AUGGACCCGUGGACUCAGGAGCGUUUAAUGCCUCCGGGCGGCGACAGUACGAGACAGGAGUUUGUUUUCCAAAAGUUUACAACGGAUGUUGCCAACGACCCAUUUAUCCCGACAGGCGUCAUAGCACCAUUUGCCCUAGAAAGACAACAGGACCAGAACGUUCUUGACGCGCAGCUACCAGCACGUCAACAACAACAGCCCUUUUAUUCCGGCGACAUACACCACAAUGUGGGCAUAUAUGCGAGCCACGAUGACUCUGGUUAUGGCGGUAGUCGUGUAUCCCAAACUGUCACAAGCCCUUCCAUCGACGCCGGACAGGAAGGCAAUUGGUCCCAAUUACAGUGCGGCAUAUGCAAUGAAUUCAAGGCCAAGAACAAAUCAGAACUAAGAAAGCAUAAGAAUCGGCACACGAAGCCCUAUAAAUGUAUUGUCCCGACAUGUCACAAAGGGUUUGCGACGGCGAAUGACCUUGAAAGACACAGGAGAACUGUUCACCGGGAUGAGUGCCGCAAUGAGAGCAACUCCAUUGUCUAUAACUGCACUCAUUGUUUGACCGAGCCUGGUAAGCAGAACAGACGAAAGAAGCAAGAAUGGCCCAGGAAGGAUAAUUUCAUUGCACAUCUUGCGAGGAUACAUAAUAUUGACGCCAAUGUUAUGGACAAUCUGGAUCGAUAUAUUGUUCGUAGCCAGUCACAGCCUGAGACCUCACCAGAUAUUGCACAAAGGAGCAAUAGAGACGCCGCGCAACACGACCUGACAGGGGUGGGGACUCUUCCAGAUCUCAUGGCUCCUCAAACAGAGGGUACCUAUGUAAAGCAACUUGCAAAUUUGACAGGAGGUCAAGUCAAUGCUCUCACAGAGCAACGUCUGAGGAAAUUUUGGCAGAACAACUCUAACCACUUUGAGUCCUCUGGGGAGCCCCAAUACAUCACCCCCCACGUGCUGGGACAAGGACUAAAUGACGAUUUACUUGGCUCUUCAUUGGAGACUGCACAAAACAGGCCACUUGACUUCGAUUUUGUGAGCAAUCACAGGGUGAUGGAUCCUCCGCCGCAGAAUGUCGGCAUGAUCGCAAGCCUGCAACAUCCCGGGAUUGCAACCAAUGACGGAGAAACGAAUGAUGCCGAUAUGGAUAAUGAUGAGACCGACGCAUGUAUUUCCAAUCACUUGGAGCGUCCAAAUUCUCCCGCUGGAAUUGUUCCGGAGCCUCUUGAAUCAGCAGCGCCACCUUCGCAAGCUGGCCAUGGAACAGAUCACAACGCUAUUAUGGACAUUGUUAAGAGGUUACAGCUCCCUACUCCAGUAGGUCAACCGUCUAGUCUUACAGACCAUGUUAAAAAACUGUCUCAAGAGACUCGGCAUGCCCUCGUAGCUGUGCUAUGUGCUUCUGACCUGGAUGGCGACAAUCAGGGCAUUGUUGAUCUCGAUACAGCAGCCAAGAGUCAGAAUGCAUGCCAUAUGUGUCAAAAAAGGUUUAGGCGACCCUGUGAGUUGACGAAGCAUUUGAAAAGACAUUCGAAGCCAUACGCAUGCACAUGGAAGGGAUGUUCCAAGACAUUUGGUAGUAAGAACGACUGGAAACGACACGAAUGCAAACAGCAUUAUCAUAUGGAAACAUGGACAUGCGAUUUGAGCUCUUGCCCAAAGAGGAGUUGGAAUCGUCGUGAGACAUUCAAAGCGCAUCUAAUCAAGGAACACAUGUUCGCCGGACCUGAAGCCAUAGAAAAGAAGGUAGAGCAGUGUCGACGUGGCGCAAAUAGUGCUUCAAAUUUUUGGUGCGGCUUCUGUGUCAAAAACAUUGACGCAGCAGCAACAGCAACAUGGACCACGAAGUUUGACCACAUCGAUAACCACUUUUGCGGCAAAGACGGCAUGGAGCAGAAGAGCAUAGACGAAUGGAUAUAUCCUGAGCCUGAGAAUCGUGGAGAUAUCGCAGAGGCUCUAAGCAGUGCAACGCAGAGCACCCCCAUUACGUUUUGCCCGCCAGAUAUAAACGAAUUCCGCAAGAGGAAAGCAGAACCAACAAAUCUCGAGUCCCAGCCGCUUGGAAAGAAACAGAGUCCAAGCGAUAUAUUGAUGUGGGAUUGUUGCGGCUGUGGCGCCUUCUUAAAUAUUAGGACUUCGCCAAGUUGUAUUACCUGUGAACAUGUCCGUUGCGACUACUGCGUUGUUUCACGGCACGUCCUGCGGCAUGAAGAUGAUAUAACAGGGUACCAGUUCAACAAUAUACCAGCUUUUGGCGAGCAGGAUCUGGGCAUGCAUGCGGGAUGA